GGGAGAAGGGGAGGCACGCAAUUUCUAAAUCGCUUCUGUAAUUUUCCAAAAAAGAAAGAAAGAAAAGUGGUUUAGCUCGCGCCGUACGUUGUUGCAUUACGCUUGUUUUGUUUAUCGCGAAAAAUUUGAAACCCUCUUCGAACGCGGCAAUAAAUAGCGAUCACGGUAUUUGCAUUCUGCCUGUGUACGUACACCUGUCAGUCGGGAGUUGCACUUUUGGAAGGUAAACGUACGAGCUAAUCGGGCCCGAGAAUAGGAAUCGCCUAAAACGAAGGAACAUUGCAACACUUUGCGAGCUCUCGGAUGCUCGGUGGCUUCAUUGUCCUCGAGUUGCGAACAAGCGACAACGGAGUCCUUGCGUGGGCAUUACGUAAGGGGAAACUGAUCUGGCGUCGAGUCUCGGGGCAACGGUGAAGCAGCGGAUCCGUAGUUGAUAACACCAAACCAACCGCACAAAACGGCGCUGGACGGCGAGUGAAACGACAAGCGGGGGCUCCGGUGUUAAGGCGGCUUUGUUAGCACAGGUGAUAUCUCCAGGCAACGGGCAGGACGAUUGCUCUGGAACAGGUGGAACAGCAGUGGCAAGACCACGCGAAGCCCAGAGAAUACUAGCCAGUUGCACCUGCGGGCGGCACCGUCAUGGAUAACGAUGGUUUAUCGAACGAGCAGACGGAAAAGGUGCUACAGUUUCAGGAUAUCACGGGGCUGGACGAUAUGAACGUUUGCCGCGACAUACUGAUACGGCACCAGUGGGACCUGGAGGUGGCGUUUCAGGAGCAUUUAAACAUUAGAGAAGGCCGCCCGUCGGCGUACGCGACGGAAUCCCGCGCACCUGCCGUCAUAAACGAUCGCUUUUUGCAGCAUGUUUUCUCGAGCACCCGAGCUAGUCCCCCACGUGAACCGAGCGGUGUCGCGGGUGUGAUAAGGUACAUGUUCAACUACAUGGUCAACUUCUGGUAUAGUGCAUUUUCGUCGCUGCUGUCUUCGAUUCUGGGCAUGUUCCGGGAUCAGGAAAGCAUUCCGGCCGAUCCGCUGGGAGACGUGCUAAGGUUCAUCGAUACGUACAACGAGAAGUACUCGGAGCAUCCCGUUUUCUACCAAGGUACCUACUCGCAGGCGUUGAACGACGCGAAGAACGAGCUGCGCUUUCUGCUAGUCUAUCUGCAUUCCGAGGCGACACCGGAGGCGGUCGCCUUCUGCCGCGGGACCAUGUCCGAUCCGCAGGUGAUCGAGUACGUCAACCGGCGGAUGUUGUUCUGGGCGUGCGAUAUGGCCUCGCACGAGGGCAAACGCGUGGCCACAUCGAUCAGUGUGCGCACGCACCCGACCCUCAUCAUCAUUGGGAUGCGGGCGAACAAGAUGAUCAUCAUGGGGCGCCUCGAGGGUGACUGUUCGCCCGAGGAGGUGAUCCGGCUGAUGGACAUCGUGGUGAACGACAACGAGGUGUGGCUAAACCAGGCCCGCCAGGAUCGGUUGGAGCGGGAUCUCACGCAAACGCUGCGUCAACAGCAGGACGAAGCGUACCAGCGUUCGCUGCAGGCAGACCAGGAGAAGCAGCGCCGGAAGCAACAGGAACGGGAGGAAGCGAUGCGCAUCCAGGCUGCGAUCGAGGCCGAACAGCAGGCCGAGAAGCAGCGCAAGGAGGACAUCGAACAGUUAAAGCUUGAUCUGGCCGAACAAGUGCCUUCGGAACCGGACGCUGGUGUGCCGGAUGCGAUCAGCAUAGUUUUCAAGCUUCCCAGCGGGUUGCGGUUAGAGAGACGAUUUCACAACACCAACACUAUGCGGGAUAUUUACAACUUCAUUUUUUGUCACCCGGAGGCGCCCGAUUCCUUUGAAGUGACGACAAAUUUCCCCAAACGUGUGCUGGAUUGUUCGGGACACGAGCCGGGCCCGACGCUGUUGCUGUCCGGGCUUAAAAAUCGCGAAGUACUCUUUGUUGCCGACCUGGAGGCGUAGUAUGUGAUCACGCUGAGGCGCGGAUUACGAGCACCUUAACAUUUGCCACGACUAUCGUAAGCUAAAGUUGCGUGCUUUUCGAGUGGCGUCGGUCGGGAACGAUGGUGGUGCAUUGUGGACCUUUGAAUAACUGUCGGCUUUUCGUGUGUUUUCCCUGAGGUUGUUGAACUCUUGAAAGUUUCUCACGCAAAGCAAGUGGAAGUCAUUGAACCAUUAACUACAAAAAAUAUAUGUUGUAGCUUGAGCGUGAGUGCACAUCGUUUUGUUUCUCUGCAAGCUGAACGGUGCACGCCAGUCGCCAGACAUGUGAUAAGCCGGAGUCGAUUUGUUAGCUUAAGAAUGAUUUCGGUUGGCUUGAUUUGUCGUACAUGCGGGUACUGCGUACGCAAACAUUGUUCUUGGAACUAGCACUAACAUCAGCAGUCACCUAUAGUAUAAUUGUAUGGCAGUGCAGUUUCGGCAGAACGCGUAUCAAUAUUCGAGAAUAAUUACGAGGGUGGUAUUGAAUGCAAACGACAAAUCCAAAAGUGUAAAAAAAGAUAGGAAUUCCAAAGCGUGUCGUCGAUGCGCAAGCUAUAUGAACCGUAACGGCUAAGUACAGCGAGCCAUUCGAUCUAUGCCCGUCGUAGAAGCAUCAUGCGGCGAAUGUGUAAUACCAAAUGGAAGAAAUUGUGAAUACUUAAUCUUUGCUUCAACGGAUCUAAAAUUUGUAUAUUCAGUUCGAAUACAAAAUCAAACAUUUUGGUCAAUAAUUCAAUUGGGUGCUCGUAUUCCCUUUUGUUUAGUUUCAAUUUUUUGUGACGCAAAAUGUCGUAGAAGAGUCAAUCCU